AUGUUUGAAGAAUCAGGAUUUGUUACAGUGACUGAACCACCAAAGUUUGUCAAGAUUGGAAAAAUAGGAUAUAAUAAACCAAUCUCUGCAUUACUUUAUGCAGUCUUGACAGAAGAUGAUUAUGAAAAUUAUUAUGAUCAUAUAGCAGAUCAUGCCACAGAUAAUUAUGAAUAUCCUAUAAAUCUUAUGGUCCAAAUUGUUUCCUAUAAAGGAUUUAAAUUAUAUUCGAAAAAAAUAAUUGAAAGGAUCAUAUAUCUUGUUAAGAAUCUCAUUAUUGAUCACUCGAACGUUACGAACAUUAGAAAUGUUUUACCGGCAUUAUACGAUGUGGUGGAAUGUCUUCUUCGACAAAUUCGAUGUGGAGAUUUUGGUGAAAAAAAUAUUUGGUUAAUAAAAGAAAUACUUGAAUUAUUAAAUUCCGAAAUUUUGAUUCGGGAUCAUGAUAGACCUGGAUUAGAAAGUCUCAGAAAGAAAGAAUCAAUAUUUUGCAAGAAAUUAUUUGACGAUCAGUAUAAUACAUGUUUUAGUAUUGGUCGAGAUUUAUAUAGAUUAUUACGAAAUAUUCCUGAAUUUGUAACUAUAUUGCACGGGUUGGAUUAUAGUGCAAAAACUCUAAUUUUACGAAAUCCAACAGUUGAAUAUUGUUUAAGUAGUCGUAUAUCCAGUGACUUAAAAGCAAGAUUAGUUCAUUAUAUAGAAAAUCAUACACCAUCCGCAUAUCCUCGUAAAUUUGAAGUAUUGUUUAGAGAUUUUUUUCCGGUUCCAGGUGAUUGUCGUCUCUUAAUGGCUGAUAUCUUUAGAUGGAUUAUUGGCGCAUUUCGUUCUGCAAAACCUGAAUCAAAUAAUAAGAGACAUAAUUUAAUUAAAGGAUUGUUUUUGGAAGCUUAUGACAAAGAUUUUUUCGGAUUAUCUAAAAGUAUGGUUAUCGAGUCGACAAAACUGGCGUUAACAUUAGAUUGUAUAUGUUUUGAUAGAAAUAAUCCUAUAUUUAGAAUAAUAUCCGAUUUACUCCCCAAACGUCCUGCAUUGGUGGGCGAAAUUAUGGAAUAUCUUUCAAUAACGGUUACUAAUUUCGCUCCUGGUUUUGAAUCUGAAUUUCGUGACAAUCUUAAAUCUGCAACACUUGCUAUGGUACGAAAGAAUAUUUUGAGCACAGAAGAGCUUACUCAAAUGCGUACUAUAGCUGGUGAAGGCCGUGCUGGAAAAUUAAUGAAUGAUAUAUAUGCUUUUGUAUUAAAUAAUAAUAAUCAGCCAGGAUUAUUCGGACCUCAAUUGACACCACAAUUCAAUACAAAUUUUUCUUCUCGAGGUCCCAUUUUUCCUUCAUCAAUUACUCCUCAAACCGAAACUUCCCAUUUUCCACAUUCUCAACGUAAUCCUUUAUUACCUCCUUCACCAAGUCCAUUAGUUCAACCUGAUAACUAUAAUCCUCCAAAAAGUUUUUCAUUUCCUAAUCAAACAAUCCCAACUCAACAAAUUCCUCCUCAACAGAUUCCUCAACCAAGUUCUCACCAAAUUUCUCCUCAACCAAAUUCUCAACAAAGUUCACCUCAACCAAUUCCUCAAUCAAGUUCUCAAAGACCAUCAACUCCCACAUUUAAUCAGGCACAACCACCACCUUCUUUAUCUUCUCAAAAACAGCAAAUUACAUCUCCAAAUGUGGCAUUUGGUUCUCAGCGUCAAUCUGCUGAUCAACAACAAAAUUUAGAUUCCUCAACUUUUAGUUUUCCACGAAAACAAUCAUUAUUUUCUAAUCCAAAAUCUCAAAGUACUACUACAUCCACUACUCCUCAAAGUAAUCCAACAAGGCCUAAUGAGUCAUUGUCGUCUGUUUCUACUACCACCACCACUACUGCAACAUCUUCGCAAGAUCAACGUUCAUCAACUGUUAAGGACAACAAAAUAGAGUUAGCUGUUGAAACUCUUGGAAAAAUUUUUAAAACAUUUAUAGGGUUAAAUCUUUUUAAUAAACUUGUUUCAUGGGUAUUCAAAUGGCCAAUUGAUGAAUCUAAUAAUAGAGAUUCAAAUACACAUAAAGCCUUUGAACUUUUACGAUUAAUUACGAAUCAGACAGAUGAUCCUAAGGAAAUAUGUAUAAAAGCCAGGACAAAGUUGAUGAUUUAUAAUUUGAGAGACAAUAAACUUGAUCAAAUGGGUUGUGUUGAUAAAAGCCAACCCAAUUUCCUUGAGAUUUACAGGAAGUAUCUAAGAUUUGAACUGGAACGAGAAGACCCGAAAUCGGAUAAACAAGAUAAGAACGAUAAGAUUAAUAAGUUUAAGGAUAGGUUUAUAACUGAUUUAGAGAUAUAUAAUUUGGAAAUUGACCUUAGGCAAGGAAAAUACAAUAUUAUGGGAGAAGCAGAAAGAUUUGAUGAGAUAUUCUAUCAUUUACAAAGUUGGGAAUCAUUUGACCAAUUGAUGUUAUUCCAUUUAAUGAAAGCGGAAUGGGGUGGAGAUAAAGAGAAAGUUGAACAAUUAAUUUGUUCUUCGAAACUUAUGAAAACAUUAGAUCCGCUUGAAAACCCCGAGAUAAUGACUGCUUUAUUGUGGAUUCUCGAAUCCAUUAAACCAAGUUCCAAGAUUAUUAAAUCUCUGUUUAGUUUAAUUACAAACGCAAAAUCAGAUGAUGCAAGAUCCGAAAAUAUAAAAUUUUUGUCAAUUCUAUUUCUCUCCUCUUACAAGAAUUAUUCUACUCAAUUCAGUACACAAUUAGACCCAAUUUUAAAAGAAAUAUUGAAGAAUGAGGAUUAUUCAGAAGAUGGUUUGAAUUAUGCUAAAGCUGUUAUUAACGUGAUUGAAGAAUUGUGCGAAAACACUAAUCAAGAUUUGACUAAAGGUUUUACGCAAAUUAAACGUAAAGUAACGGAUGUAAAAAAAUUAGUUGAGAAGGCGACCCGUCGUGAAUCAUCAUCAGAAGAACAAGAGGACGACAAAAUGGAUAUUGAAGAAGAUACAACUCAUUAUACGACAAAAACUAAACCUCGUGUCGUGGAUAGGAAAGAUAGGAUAUUACGUUCUCAAAUUAAAAAAAAUCCUCCUCCCAACCCUCCUCCAAAAGAAGCUACAAGUGAAGAGGACAGUGAAGAUGAACUACCCAAAGCUUCAACUAAACAACGUUCUAGAAAGAGAAUACAUGUUACUUCUGAAGAAGAAUCUGAUUCACGUACAGAACAACAACCACAAUCAACGGAUACUAAGAAAAACAAACAGAUACGUAGUGUUUCGAAUGUAUCGUUAUCUCGUCGACAAAGUAUUUCUUCAAAUAUAACUUCGAGUAGUGGUGAAUUAGCCUUAGAUGAAGAGAGCAAUAAUACUAAUGCUAAUAUGAAGAGUAGACCUUCAUCAAGGACACGAGCAGCAACUUCACAAUCAACCUCAACUAAUAGGAAUCAGUCGACUUCAUCCUCUCAACAAAAUAUUGCUCGCCGUAAAAAUAUUGCUCCUGCUAAAAAGAAGUCUAAAUUUAAUUCAGAUGAUGAGGAAUAA